AUGGCUUCUUCCUUACCAAAUCUCUGUCUUCGAAAAAUAUUUGAAUGUAUUGAGGAGGAUAAACCUUCUUUACACUCGUGUCUUUUGGUGAACCGACACUGGUGUCAGGAAGUCGUACCGAUCUUAUGGAGAAGUCCCAAUGCAUACAUGUCUAAACA